UGGGCUAGCGAAACCCAGUAACGUUGUCCGGUACACACAGAAGGAGGGAAGCUUUUUGAUUCAACGUCAGAUAACAUUUGAUCCAAAUCGCCAAAUGCCCAAUCGGAGAAGCUUAUUUUCUUAAUCAGAUCGGCUUGUUUCUCCACCACCAUCUUUGGGACGGAUAAGUCUCUCUCUCCCUCGCAGUUGCAGAAAAUUGCUCCGCAGCCUUGUAAGCAAUUGGUGCACUGUGAGCGACCAUCAUAAAUCUGGAGAAUUUUCAGCGUCCGCGGGUUUGCUUAUGAAUUUGCUUAGGCAGGCUCUUUUAAGGAGUUGAGUACGCAGGUUGGAGAAAUUGAUAAAAUGGCACAACAAUGCGUUUUAUUUUUAUUGUGGCUUUCGGGCAGAUCACUCGCGGGAUUUCCCAAUCAGAUUAAUAUAGGUGGUCUGUUCAUGCGGUCCACUGUGCAGGAGCACAGCGCGUUUAGGUUCGCUGUUCAGCUCUACAACACCAACCAGAACACUACGGAGAAACCCUUCCAUCUCAACUACAACGUAGACAACCUCGAGUCGUCCAACAGCUUCUCAGUCACCCAUGCAUUCUGCUCUCAGUUCUCCCGAGGGGUCUAUGCCAUCUUCGGCUUCUACGAUAAAAAGUCCAUGAACACCCUGACGUCAUUCUGUGGUGCGCUGCACACCUCCUUCGUCACGCCCAGUUACCCCACCGACAACGAGGUGCAGUUUGUCAUCCAGAUGAGACCUGCACUGCGUGGGGCCGUCCUCAGCCUGCUGUCACACUACAAGUGGCAGAAGUUUGUUUACCUCUACGACACCGACAGAGGCUUCUCUAUCCUUCAGGCCAUCAUGGAGUCAGCGGUGACGAACAAUUGGCAGGUGACGGCUCGGUCUGUGGGGAGCAUCACGGACGCAGCAGAGUUCAAACGGAUCCUGGAGGAGAUGGACAGGAGGCAGGAGAAACGUUACAUCAUCGACUGUGAGGUGGACAGGAUCAACACUAUCCUCGGACAGGUGGUCUCUCUGGGGAAGAACGCCCGUGGAUACCACUACAUCCUGUCUAACCUGGGUUUCUCCAAUGUGAGCUUGGACAAGGUCUUCCAAGGCGGGGCCAACAUAUCAGGCUUCCAGAUAGUGAGCCCUGAGAACUCCAUCGUUCAGCAGUUCCUACAGCGCUGGGAGAGACUGGAUGAAAGGGAAUUCCCAGAGGCCAAGAACACCCCGCUCAAGUACACGUCAGCUCUGACCCACGACGCCAUCCUGGUGAUCGCGGAGGCCUUCCGGUACCUGCGGCGCCAACGGGUAGACGUGUCACGCCGAGGAGGCGCAGGAGACUGUCUGGCCAACCCUGCCGUACCAUGGAGCCAGGGCAUCGACAUUGAGAGAGCUCUCAAAAUGGUCCAGGUUCAGGGGAUGACGGGGAACAUCCAGUUUGACAGCUAUGGCCGGAGGUCCAACUACACUAUAGACGUCUAUGAGAUGAGAACAGGGGGCCCGAAGAAGAUUGGCUACUGGAACGAGAACCAGCGAUUAGUAAAUGUGUUAGAACAACAGGUGGUCGCCAACGAGUCUUCUUCUGUGGAAAACCGAACGAUUGUGGUCACUACUAUUAUGGAAGCCCCUUAUGUGAUGUACAAGAAACACCAGAUGAAUCUGGAGGGGAAUGACAGAUAUGAAGGCUACUGUGUCGAUUUAGCUGCCGAAAUUGCGAAACAUGUGGGGAUAAGAUACAAACUGUCAGUAGUAGCAGACGGAAAGUACGGUGCGCGAGAUCCAGACACCAAGACGUGGAACGGGAUGGUGGGGGAACUGGUCUAUGGGAGAGCAGAUAUAGCUGUGGCACCUCUCACCAUAACCCUGGUUCGUGAGGAAGUGAUCGACUUCUCCAAGCCCUUCAUGUCUCUGGGCAUCUCCAUUAUGAUCAAGAAGCCCCAGAAGUCUAAACCAGGGGUGUUCUCCUUCCUGGACCCGCUGGCUUACGAAAUAUGGAUGUGUAUCGUGUUCGCCUACAUCGGUGUGAGUGUGGUCCUGUUCCUGGUCAGCCGCUUCAGCCCCUAUGAGUGGAACCUGGAUGAACAGGAUGAGACCAAAGACCCCCAGACACCUCCAGAUCCUCCCAACGACUUUGGCAUCUUCAACUCUCUAUGGUUCUCUCUGGGAGCCUUCAUGCAGCAAGGAUGUGAGAUAUCACCCAGGUCCCUAUCAGGGAGAAUAGUAGGGGGCGUGUGGUGGUUUUUCACUCUCAUCAUCAUCUCGUCCUACACGGCCAACCUAGCUGCUUUCCUCACAGUGGAGAGGAUGGUGUCCCCCAUAGAGAGUGCAGAGGACCUGGCUAAACAGACUGAGAUCGCCUACGGCACUCUGGAUGCUGGUUCCACCAAGGAGUUCUUUAGGCGAUCCAAAAUAGCAGUCUAUGAGAAAAUGUGGUCAUACAUGAAAUCGGCCGAACCGUCAGUGUUUGUCAAGACCACUCCAGACGGGGUGGCCCGGGUACGAAAGUCCAAGGGCAAGUUUGCUUUUCUCCUGGAGUCCACCAUGAACGAGUACAUAGAGCAGAGGAAACCCUGUGACACCAUGAAAGUGGGCGGAAACCUCGACUCUAAAGGAUACGGUGUGGCCACGCCCAAAGGCUCAGCAUUAAGAAAUGCUGUUAACCUGGCAGUGUUAAAACUGAAUGAGCAAGGCCUGUUGGACAAAUUGAAAAACAAAUGGUGGUACGACAAGGGAGAGUGCGGCAGCGGGGGAGGUGACUCCAAGGACAAGACGAGUGCUCUCAGCCUGAGCAAUGUGGCUGGGGUCUUCUAUAUCCUGGUUGGUGGGCUGGGGCUGGCCAUGAUGGUGGCUCUGAUUGAGUUCUGUUACAAGUCACGUGCAGAAACCAAACGGCUCAAACUAGCAAAAAAUGCUGAGAAAUUUAAGCCAGCUCCACCGACCAACCCCCAGAACUUUGCCACUUACAGAGAAGGCUACAACGUGUAUGGGACAGAGAGCGUGAAGAUCUAAGGGUAUCGGGCGCUUCAGCUAGACCAGGUACACGAUCCCUUACGAACAACUUCAGCUAGACCAGGUACACGAUCCCUUACGAACAACUUCAGCUAGACCAGGUACCGAUCCCUUACGAACAACUUCAGCUAGACCAGGUACCGAUCCCUUACGAACGACUGUGACUAUUGACCCUAUGAUGAAACAACAUGAUCACGUCAGGAUGGGGGUUUCCUCAACUGCAGCUAAAUCCUCUCCUGGCGGAAAAUGGCAACGAUAAUCUGCAAUGGCGACACGACAGGACUGGUGACGUGAAGAACUCGAGCAGUUUCCUCCAGUGCCUUACGUAUGGAACAGUCACAGACUAGCAGACUUACUGAGAACAAUGCAAUUCAUCACAGCGGUUUGCGUUUGGCUUGAACUCACAAACACACAGACAAACAAACAGAAAGACAGGAUCGAUACUGUAAUCUGUUUUAAGGAACUUCAUUUGAGAUGCUAAAAACAAAAGAGAGAUACCUAAAGCCAUCACUUGCACCCCGAGCACAUUUCCAAGUGCCGGACAGAAGAUGAAUACGAUAUGACAGAUGAUAAAUUGUUUUUUCUGCAAAGGGAAUUUGAUCAGAUUAUCCUAAUUCUUGUUGCAGGCUAGGUUUUUACUGGUUAAAUGUGUUUUAAAAUAAGUUUAUUAUAGACACUGAUUAUUAGAAGAUAGCUUGUUAUGUUCCUGUGACCUUGGAAUUGUUUUGAAAGACACAUUUGAAUCUUAUUGGAAUCAAUUGGUUAAAUAUGCCAUAGCCAAAAGAAUACUGUAUUGUUGUUGUCAACUCUGGUGCUUUUGAAGUGUCAGAGAUAGACUCCGAGAGAAGGCGUUGGUAGCUAGUAAACUGUGCAUCCCAAAUGGAACCCUGUCACCUAUAUAGUGCAUUACUUCUGUGCAGAGCCCCCAGUCAAAAGUAGUGCAUUAUAUAUUGAAUAAGGGGCCAUUCUGGACACACACACACAGGGACUCAAGAAAGAGAUGAAUGUGAGAUGCAGCAUUUGGCUUUACACAACUUAAAACAGGCCAUCUCACAAUCCCAAUAUACUGCCAACAGAUUCAGAUGUGUUUUUUUUUAAACGCAGGGGACUGUCUGAGCAAGUUUCAUAGUUCAGUAACUCUCCCAGUGUGUUUUAUGGUGUGUAUAAUAUGAAGAGAAAACUCACUCACACAGUGUCACUCCGAAAUAGGUCGUUUUUUUUUUUGUCUUCAUUUUGAAAGAACACCUGCUUAUAGCUGGAUUUUCAUGUAACCUAAAAUCAUUCAAAUCUUCUGCACAAUAAAUUAAAACUGAACCAAAAGGGACAUUCGAAAAGUAGAUCAACUGCAAAUCCAAACAGUAUUGGCUUCUUAACAGUAGUAUUAUGGAUGACCUUGGUAUUUUGCUAAACAAUUACACAUUUUACACUAAGCUGCAGUUUGAUGAUAUGCUUUCAAUUUUAAUUUCAUUUUAUGAGCAUUGUAGUGUUUGGUGAAUUUACUUAGUAAAUGAAAUAACUGAAUAAUAUAAAUACAAUGAGAAAAUAGAUUUAUACAACGUACUUACAGGGGAUGUCUUAAAAGCUUAGCACAUUUCCUUUUCAAAAGACUGUGAUUCCAUAGUAGUUAGGAAGAAAAUUAAUCACCUAAAACCGUGAAAAGAUAGAUUUACACACACACACACACACACACACACACACACACACACACACACACACACACACACA